GAUGACCAAUUACAUUAUCUUAUCAACAUCCAUGACUUCAGCAAUGGUGAUGUGGGCUACAGACACAGGUAUUGACAAGACAUGAAAGCUGACUAAGAGGUUCUCGCUGUGUACGCAAGGAUAAAGGCUUUUUAUUUCUGCGUUGAAGCCGAUCUUUAAGGCAGAUCCUGUGAUUGGGAAUAACUGUUUGUUAGCAUGAAUGAAACGAAACUAUUCGCCACCGCAUAGUGGGAUAGCCCGAGGAGAGCAGUCUCAAAUGCCAAAUGUAGGCUAUCGCCUGAUAAGAUGCAGACUUCCAAACACGACAUUGCACAGUCACACUUGGCCAGUCUCUCCUUCGUGUGUGGCUACUUGUCUUGCAUGUUCUUACGGCUACCUGCCUGGGUCGGGUUUCUGUUCCUCAGCAACAGGAGCAAACAGACACCCCGUGGGGAGAGAGAGAGAGAGAGAGAGAUAUGCAACUGUCCACUGUCCAUCUCUGACAUCUUGAACUACCCAGGAUGUCUGGACCAGGACUGGCUAUCCGUCUCCAUGAGUUUAGCGAGAGGAAGCUGGACAGCAGUGAGUUACACCAGCUGUCCAAGAAAGCAGUGAGACAAGGGAGGGAUGUUAGAGGCAUGUAUCCAGGACAACUAGGAAGAGUUCACACCCUACACUCACCCAGUCACAGGGUGAGGUUUGCAACCCUAGAGUUCCCCUGCCGAGGGGGUGGUGAGCAAGAUCAACACCUGCGGAACUUCGACCUGCUGGCCUGUCAGGCGGUGGCCUUGGCACCAUCCAGCACUGCUGCCAUGACAUCCUAUCAGGACCAGUUUGGCACAUGGUCAGGUCUCUAUGCCCCUGAUGAGACCAAGUAUACGCUGCACUCCCACCCACAACCCUUGCAAGUCACUGAACAGAGAGUGACAACAUCUCCAUCCCAAACACAACGUCAGCUCGAUUUAGUUUCCUGCUCGAUUUGCCUGACUUGACUGGCAUCUUUGAUAACCUCUGGGCUACAUGGAUAAACACUGUUUUUUGUGACCUCAUAGAUGACUGAAGCAUAUCAACACUUCCAAAGCAAAUACAGGAGUGAAUGGGUGGCUUUCAUCAGGUCAUGUGAUUGUGAAACCAGAAAACUAAUCUCAUGACUACAGUGUUACUAGCAACUUGACCUAUGACCCCAGCAACAUCGUCAAAUGUCUCUUAGCUGGUCACCUAGACGGGUUGGAUGACGCAAUGUGUAUUGAUUAAAUAAAACCAUUAUUUCAUAUUUUCACAGAUGUUUGAUAGACAGAAACUGCUUAAGAAGGCAUUUAAGUAUUACAUUUUACUACAAAAUUAUGUAAAAGCAUCCUCAGUAUCCUCACAAUCCUCCGAUGAUCUCUUCAUCAAAUCUUCAAAACAUAUCUGUAUCUAUUCAUAUCCAUAUGCACACAUUGCACACCCUCAUUCAUUGGCACCCCUGGAAAAGCUCAGUAAAAAGAGGCAUACAAAGUCACCUUUUCAAAACAGUUUAACGGCAAUUUAACAGGAUUAACUGAAACUGGAAAAGAUACUCAUUGCAUUGUCUUAGUGUAGUGCAUUAUGUACAGAUCAAAUACCAGAACAUCAAAAUGGUUUGCAAGAACUGGGAUGAAGCUGUUGUUUGUUUAUAACUGGCUUUGUCCAGGAAAUGGAUUUUAAAGUAGUAGUAAAGGGUAUUGUGUUAUCAGAUAAAAAUAGAAUGUGUCUUUAUGAUGUGUAUCUCUUAGAUGGAGGCACGUUACAUCAAACACAGUCUUUGUAGUCAUACAGAGUAGUGUUUAUGUAUGUGUGUGUGUGUGUGUGUGUGUGUGUGUG